AUGUCCGUCGAUCUUAUACCCGGCGAAUUUACGACGUUUUCCGUGGCGAUCGCCAUCUUAAGCGGUUUUAUUAUUUUCUUUGGUUACGUCUCCAUGUUCCUUAAAGAGAGACUUUUCCUCUCUGAAGCACUUGUUGCGGUCAUAGUAGGAAUUAUUGCAGGACCAUUAGUGACAAACGGAAUUAAUCCUUAUAGUUGGAGAGAUAACGAUGAGAUCACAAAACAGCUCACUCGGUGCAUUAUAGCCAUUCAAGUUAUGGCUGUAGGGAUUGAAUUACCAAAACAUUACAUGAAAAAAGAUUGGAAGACAAUGAUCAUUUUACUUCUUCCUGUGAUGAUUGUGAUGUGGAUGGUCAGUGGGCUCAUUAUCUGGUGGAUGGUCCCAACAAUUAAUUAUAUCGAAGCACUUGUAAUAUCAGCCUGUAUUUGCCCAACCGAUCCUAUCUUGGCAAAUUCAGUCGUCAAGGGACGGUUUGCGGAGAAGCAUGUCCCUUCACACAUCCGCAAUGCAUUAUCUGCAGAAAGUGGUGCGAACGAUGGCAUGGGAUUUCCAUUUCUUUUUCUGGCUAUCUUCAUUAUUGGCGAAGAUGAUGUCGGCCAGGCGGUUGGGAAAUGGAUUUACGAAACGUGUCUCUUUCAGAUAGCACUUUCGUGUGUCAUUGGCGUCAUUGUCGGCUGGGCCGCACGCAAAGCAUUACAAUGGUCCGAGCGAAAUCAUCUCAUCGAUAAACCCUCUUUCCUGUCUUUUGCUAUCGCAUUGGCUCUAUUUCUUAUGAGCAUGACAGGAUUUUCCGGAAGUGAUGAUGUCCUGGCCUGCUUUGUUGCUGGGAAUGCAUUUUCGUGGGACGACUGGUUCAGACAGGAAACGGAAGAAGCCCAUUUUCAGGAUGUGAUUGAUAUGAUGCUCAACCUCGCAAUAUUUGUGUAUAUUGGUGCCAUUAUUCCCUGGUCUGAUUUUGGUAAUGCCGAGCUGGGCCUAUCCGCAUGGCGACUGGUGGCCAUGGCCAUUCUAAUAUUACUCUUUCGCCGCCUUCCAAUUGUCGUAUUACUCAAACCUGUUAUGCCAGCAAUGAAAACUUACCAAGAGGCUGUUUUUACAGGCUGGUUUGGUCCCAUGGGAGUUGGUGCUGUGUUCUUAUCCAAGAUCGCAAAAGAAGAAUUAAUGAAAGUUUACACAAAUCAAGAAGAGCCAAUAUCUGUAAAGGUUAUCAACCCAAUUGUGCUAUUUAUUGUUCUAUCAUCGGUAGUCGUUCACGGCACGACGAUUCCGUUAUUUAAGCUUGGUAAGAGUAUCCAGACACGUACCCUUUCGAUCUCAAGCAUUACC